UCGGACAUAUGAAAUGGAGGAAAUUGGUGUUGCUAAAAGCUAUUUAUUGGCUGAGCGCGUCGCUGCUGUUAUUGAAGAGACAAAGCCGCUGCUUACUAAGGUGAAAUCUGCCCUUAUGUUUUGCAUUCACAUUUAAAUGAUAAUAGCUUUUAUAACUGCUUUUUUUAGGUGAUUAACAUUCUGACUUUUGUAAAUAUCAAAGUUAGUUGGUUGAGCAAAAUAGAGUAAAUUUCACCUAUCAUUCAUGAAUGUCUGUGCAUUGUAACAACGUUGUCUUAAAUUUUAAUUUGUAACGUAAAAUCUUUGAAAAUCGAUUUGAAUAAUAAUAAAGCCCUUUGUUACAUGAGAUAAUCAAUUUCUCAAUUAACUUAUUGACAUGGCAGACAUUUUAUAAAAAAGAAAAAAUAAAAUUUCUCGUUGCCCCUCACUUGCCCCAUCUUCCUCUUCCUCUCAUCCUCUCCUUGUCAUCAACAUCCUCCCCACCUCCAUCUCUAGCUUCACCCAAUAAGUAAAGACACCUUCCCCUUCUCUCAUCUUCUCGUUUUUCCCUUAGUCUACCUCCUUCCAACCGUAACCUCACGGUCCUUUAUCAAAAGCACUUCUAACCAAAACCCACAAUAGAAAAAAAUCACAAUUUUCGCAUGGCAUUCCUCUGUUACAAGUAUUGCAUAAACCACAACCCGACCCAACCCACACCCCUGUAAGCCACCCAUACCACGAAACUCUCUAUCAUGUGAGUUCCAAGCCCAUUGUGCAUCAGUGCCCUUGUCUUCUCUCUGUCACGAUCUAUGCAGUUGCCUUUCUGCCCGUGCCAACUCUCUAUCGGUUUCUCACUGGUCUUGGCUUCCUAGACUGGUGCUUGCCUCCUUUCUCUAUGCCUUGCUUGUUCUUUCUAUGGCCACUAUCUCACUCUCUUAUCCAAGUUGUGGUGCUUGAGAGCAACCAACUAGGAAAAUGCAUUGAGGGUGACGAGAAAUGCACUGAAGAGAACUUCGCUUUUGAACUGAGAUUCAUCAGCAAGAAUUGAGUCUUCAACAAAUGAUUUGCAUAGAAGCUUGGAUACGGGUAUAGCAAAUUGGGUGAGAACCCUGAAUGGGUCGAGUUCUGGAGAGACGCAAUUGUGGAUUGUCAGAGACGAAACUUGGAGUCUUCCUUCACAGAGUGAUGUUCAACAGAGCAGUUUUUUGAUAGAGUAAAUUGAGUCGGUUUUAAGAGAAGGCAGUUGGAGUGAAAUUGAAAUUUUAGGUUGGCCUUCAAUAUCGACCAGCAGCGCCAAAGUGAUAUCCCACAUCAAGGAAAUGGCUAAAGAUGUUCAACCUUUGCUCUAUGACGUUCGUGAUAGCAGUCUCCUCAAGGAAUUUGAGACUUUGACCAGAAGCCUAGCACAAGCCUCUGAGGAUUUGAGAAGGGUACAUACAUCAAUUAUGACGCCAGAGAACACUGAGCUGAUUCGGAAGUCCACAUACAGUCUGAUAUUUACUUUGAAAAACAUUGAGAAUAUAAGCUCCCAUAUUCUAGGAUUCACGGGUGAUGAGGCUACAAGACGGAACUUGAAAGCACUUAUCAAGUCUCUCAGUAGGAUGUUAUGAAGACAAGUGAAAGAUGAAAAUAGCAUGGUAGCUUUUAAAGUUGAUUAGAUUCCAGAAAAGGUUUCUUUUAUCAUCCAUUCUGGAUCUUACAGGUCUCGAUUUUGGAUAGAGAUACUUAUUGCAUUCAUUUUAAUCCAGUUCUGUUGGAUGUUUUUGUGAAGCUAGUCAGAAGUGAACAGAAACUUUUCAAUGGAAGCAGAUUUUGUUAUAGAAAACCUGUAAUUAGUGUUUCGAAUACUUGGAAAGCUUCAAUAUUUCCCAAAAAUUAAAUUUCUGGAGAAAUCACAUUGUUGAAAA